CUUCGACCCCGAGUUAAUGUGCUCUUGGCCACCCCAUUUUAGAGCGGAAGUGGAAGCGGGAUUUUUGUAACGCUCGCAGAACGCGUUUGAAGAGUGUUCAUUCAGCACUGAGUUGACUUGAAUUUAGUGUGUUAUUAAACGUAAAAUGAUCGCAGGCGUGAAACGGGAGAGGGACGUUGAUGAAGACGAAGAUGAAGAGGUGCGUGUGAAAAUCGGUCGUUCUCAUGUUGAAGAUCGCAGAAGCCGCCAUUGUCCAUAUCUGGACACAAUCAACAGGAGUGUUUUGGAUUUCGACUUCGAGAAGCUUUGUUCAAUCUCUCUUUCACACAUUAAUGUCUAUGCCUGUCUGAUCUGUGGGAAAUAUUUCCAAGGUCGAGGUCAGAAGUCUCAUGCAUACAUCCACAGCGUUCAGUUCACACAUCAUGUUUUCCUGAAUCUCCACACGUUAAAGUUCUACUGCCUGCCAGACAAUUAUGAGAUCAUUGACUCCUCAUUAGAGGACAUUACGUAUGUGCUGAAACCCACAUUCACCAAGCAGCACAUCUCUGGUUUGGAUAAGCAGGGAAAGCUGUACAGAGCCUACGAUGGCACAACAUAUUUGCCUGGAAUUGUGGGUCUCAAUAACAUUAAGGCCAAUGACUAUGCUAAUGUGGUUUUGCAGGCGCUGUCAAAUGUGCCCCCUUUGCGAAACUACUUCCUCGAGGAGGACAACUAUCGUGGAAUUCGUCGGCCGCCGGGUGACAUCAUGUUUCUGUUGGUGCAGCGUUUCGGGGAGCUCAUGCGCAAGCUGUGGAACCCGCGGAACUUCAAAGCUCACGUGUCGCCGCAUGAAAUGUUGCAGGCUGUGGUGUUAUGCAGUAAAAAGAACUUUCAGAUCACUAAACAAGGGGACGCUGUUGACUUUCUCUCCUGGUUCCUGAAUGCGUUGCAUGGUGCUCUUGGUGGGACAAAGAAGAAAUCAUCCAUUCUCACCAAGGUGUUUCAGGGGUCUAUGCGGAUCUUCUCAAAGAAGCUUCCCCAUCCUGACUUGCCUGCUGAAGAGAAAGAAGCCCUUCUCCUUAAGGAGGAGUACCAGGAGGAGAUGUCGGAGUCCACCUUCCUGUACCUGACCCUUGACCUGCCCACCGCACCCCUCUACAAAGAUGAGAAGGAGCAGCUCAUCAUUCCUCAGGUUCCUCUCUUCAACAUCCUGGGCAAGUUCAAUGGAAACACUGAGAAGGAGUACAAGACCUACAAAGAAAACUUUCUGAAAAAGUUCCAGCUCACCAAACUUCCCCCAUACCUCAUCUUCUGCAUCAAACGAUUCACAAAGAACAACUUCUUUGUCGAGAAGAACCCCACCAUCGUCAACUUCCCCAUCACGAAUGUCGAUUUGCGCGAGUACCUCACAGAAGAGGCGCAGGCUACUGAGAAGGUCACCACCUACGACCUGGUGGCCAAUGUAGUUCAUGAUGGAAAACCCACUGAGGGUUCCUAUAGAAUUCAUGUUCUGCAUCAUGGCACAGGGAAGUGGUAUGAACUUCAGGACCUGCAGGUGAUUGAUAUCCUCCCACAGAUGAUCACACUCUCAGAGGCGUACAUACAGAUUUGGAAGAGACAAGAUAAAGAUGAUGGAGCAGAAAGCCAUUCAGGGGCAUAGGAUGCCCAAAAACACAGCAUUGGCGAGAUUGAAAUGAAAUGCAUCGUUCCCAUUCAGGCCUGAAUGCAAAACAUCAAGCGCUCUGCCCUGGAACCCUGGCUUAAGAAUGACGAGAUGAGUGAAAGUUACAAUGAGAGAACACAUUGACCUUAAAGGGAUAGUUCUCCCAAAAAUCAAAAUUCUCUCAUUUAUUCACCCUCAUGCCAUCCCCAAUGUAAAUGACUUUCUUUCUUCAGAUAAACACAAAUUUUUAGGAAAAAAAUCCAUCUCUGUGAGUCCACAAUGUCUUUGAAUCAAUGUCUUUUGAAGCCAAACGAUUGGUGUGUGUGUAAGAAAAAUACUAAUAGUUUUAAGUUUACAGUCACAAUUGCUGUGUGUGGUUUUUCAAGUGUCAAACGAGCUUUAGCCAUUCAGUGGCCAUUAUAUGGACUCACGGUGAUGGAUUAUCUUCCUAAAAAUCUUCUUUUGUGUUUAUCUAAAGAAAGUCCUAUACAUCAAGGAUGGCAUGAGAGAAUUUUCAUUUUUGGGUGAACUAUCCCUUUAAAUUUUGAUGUUUCAUUUCAUGUAAAGAUGCUAAGAAAUCUGUAAGGUGAACGUUACACAUUUUUGUGUUCCCAGGUGAUUUUUUAAAAAGAAUUAUUUCAGUUUGAUUGUGACUGUUCCUUUGCCUAUGAAGUUGUAGUAUGAGACCUUUUAUUAAAGUUUUCAAGACUA